ACUCUACAAAUACUAUAAUCGGAUAAAGUGUAGUUCCACUCUUUUAUGAUUAAACUACUGAGUUACAAGGUUUGUUGGUAUCAUUGAGAAUCGGCAUAAUUAUAUGGAGGGCGGCCCUCCAUGUAUCACGUUCAUUCACUUUGGGCAGGUCUAUGACCAACGAGCUUGAUAUGAUAUGAUAUUAUCUUCUAUUAUUAUGGAUACUGAAAAAAAUAUUAAUGACCAAUAUAUCUACCAAACUAUUUUUGCAAAUAUGAAUGAUAAAGAUAUUAAAACUUUAUUGUUGGAAGAAAAAGCCUCUCAAAAUAACUGGAUAAAAUUCUAUGGUCUAUCUCCCAUCUUAGACCUUUCAAAAGAGUUUGAUUUAAUAAAAAUUGAUAAUAGCUGUUCAAAACACUCUUUACAAAAUUUGAAAUACCUUAUAGUUAGAUCAGGCAUACCCAUUAAACUAAGACCUUUGAUAUGGAGUAUAUUAAUUGAUACAUCUAAAAUUAACACCUAUAAAUCUACAUUGAAAGUUGAUUACAAUGAUUAUUUUAGCCAAAUCAUUAAAAAACAAGUGACCAAACUUGCCACCCAAACAUGUUUCUUACCUUUAGCUUCCUCUUUCGCUUCCAACAAUCCCUGUACCCUAUUUCGUAUAAUUCAUACUUCUCUAUUCCAUUCAUUUGAGAAUAAUUCCAAAGAAAUGUUCUUUCCACAUUCAAAUAUAACAAAAUUAUCUGCGUAUAUGGGCAUAGUGUUCUCGUCGGUCUUCCCCGUAAAAACACGUGAACAAAAAGCUUGUGAAAUGAUUGUAACGAUGAUAACGAAUUCUGGAUAUUAUGAAAAAGGGGUUUGGGAUGAGAACUUUGAAUAUUACUUUGAAGAUUAUAUUGAAACUGAAGUCAAGCAGUUAAUGGAGAGUAAUAGGAAUGAGAAUAUCCAACAAGUUGGUACUAAACCCUUUGAUGACACUAAAAUUAUUGAUGAAAAAUUCAAUGUUAAUAUGUUGAAUAAUAGUUUUACUAAAGUGGACAAGUCAAGUAACUUGAUUAAAAUUAGCAAUGUUUUGAAUAUACCCGAUGAGGACAAUUUAUCGAGUAAGGAUAUCCUGAAUUUGGCAGAUGAUAUUUAUUUUAAAUUAUCAAAAUCACUUAAUAAAAAAGUGGAUCAUGGAGAUCAGCAAUGUUUUUCAAAUGUUAUAUAUAAUAAUAUAUAUUCUAAUGAUGCUAAUACUAAAGGAACUUUAAAAUCUUUUGGCUUUAAUAAUGAAGAAGUUUCCGAUGUUAUAGAUGUAGCUAAUAAUUACCCUUAUGAUUUCGGAAAUAGAAUUGAAACGAAUAUUAAUGGUAGGGAAGUAUCCAAAAAUACUAGAUUGUGUAGUAAUUUGGAAGAUUUGAUAAGAAAGGGGAAUAUUAAACAGAAAUGGGUUGAAGUCAAUUUAGGAAAUAAUGAUAUUGAUGAAAUUAAAAAAAUAAUUUUGUUGGAUCCCAAUGAUAUUUACGAGGAAGGAAGCGAAGAUGUAACAAAUGUUUUUAUAAAGACACAUGAAAACUUUAACAAUAAUAGGAUUAUAAACUUUAAUAGAAAUGAUAUAGUAAUCGAUGAAUAUGGAAAUAAGAGAACAAUAACACGAAAAUAUGGGGACAAUGAUAUUCAAAAACAGAGGAAGAAGCUAAUCGAAUAUACAUAUAUUAAGGAUUACUCCCAUAAUGAUAAAUAUUUUAAAAAUAAAAACAAGGAUAAAAGUAUAAAUAAUUGUAUUUGGAUAAAGUCACGAUCACAAGAAUCGAGAUAUACGUGUCCUACAAUGCAGGCUGAUAUAGAUGUUAUAUUGCGCUCAUUAGAGAUUUGGGAACCAGAAUUAUAUAUGUUAUUAAAGCACCAUUCAAUAGAUCUUUCAAAAGUUCUAUACCAGUGGUUUUCUAUAUAUUUGGCCGAAUGCAUUCCCAAUUUUAAUGUUUUGCUGAGACUUUGGGAUUUGAUUUUAGUUUAUGGUCACCAUAUCCUACUAGUUUUUGUAGUGUCCCUGCUUCAAUUUAAGAUUCUUGAAAAAGGCUCGGGAGUGAAUGUUAAAAGAAUUAGCAUUGUAGCAAUUAUUGGUAUGAAUAAAUGCUUGGAAGGUAAAACGGAAGGAUAUUUGGUAGAUUUAUGUUUUGCGUCAACAAUAGCAUCUUGGUUUAAGUCAUGA